AUGCUUUCCCCCGGCGACAUCGUCCGCAUUUACCCAGAGAGCGUGGCCCUCCUCGCAGACGACAUCUCCACGGUGGCCUAUGGCACGGUACGCCGCGUGAGACGUCGUUUGGUGAUUGACGUCACCCCUGACGAGUCCAUUCCCGAACCUCUGUCGCUUACGGUCGCUGCGAGCAACGAUCAGUUUCCGGUCGUCACCGCCGCGGAACGUGACGCGGGCACCCACCGACUCAUGCGGCGUUUCGUCGCCGCCCGCGUCGGGGACAACUGGGUGCACGGGCAGGUGUGCCGCGCCGACCAAGCGUCACGAUCGAUCCAGGUCAGGACCCACCGUGGUCGGCUCACGAUGAGUCAGGACGCCGUCGCCCUCGUCCUUCCAGUCGUGGCAGCACUGUUGUGGGACACCGACUGGUCUGCUGUGGGUGACGACGCAACGCGCAGCGCUACGGGCCUCACCACGGAAGCGCUCCUGGAGUGCCACCAGCGCAUCUGGCACCGUAUCCGCCCGCUAACGGCUCUUGAGGCUCCGUCACGCGACAUUGCCGCCAUCCUGGCCGGAUACGACGUCUCCAACGCCGUCAAUUUGGGUGCGAUGCGACGCAUCGUCUGCGACCCGCGCUCGGGGAUCUUGGUCAACCCGUGCGUCCAACACAUCGUCGAUUUUGCCUUUCACGCUGACGGCGGCGCCAACGACCCCAAUAUCAUGGAGCUCGGCGAGUCAUUCUGCCACGACCCUUCCGACCUCGGCAUCGACUCGUCGCCGCUGCUGGACGACACCGAGGCCGCGACCACCGUGCAGUCGCCUAUGCCGGUCGCCCCCUCAGCGGAGCACGCGGCGGGCCCGCAGCCAGUCUUCGUUCCUCCUCCUCGCGAGGGGACGGGUACAUCACUAAUCAACCAGUUCCUGUCCAGCGUGGCGGGCGCGACAGCGACAGCCAACACGGAUGCUAGUGACAUGGCGCACAACACAGCGUGGCACCAAGCGGGGCAUUUCUCUGGCACUCAGAGCGUAUCGAUUCCAACACUGGCAGGUGCCCAGGUCGUCAGCUACGCGGGCAGCCCGAGCUUCGGCGGCAUUGCGCCUUCCGUCGUCGAGUUCGCAGCAGAGUACCAGCGCGAGCAUCGCGCUCGAAACCGCGCCGCUGCCACCCGAACGCUCGCUCAAUAUACCGAGGUCGCGUCGGGCCCGCAACACUCAAAAAGCGCGCUCAGGGUCUCACCAACCCAGGCCGAGAAGGCCCUGCGUAUCAAAAACUUUUCCUUCGGGUGCUCAAGCACGCGCCACGCGAUUCAGCUCCCCAGUCCGGCAAUCCCGAUCCAACGAAGGGCGUCAAGCCACAUGGCGGCAAGCAAAAGGCCACGCACGGUCGCGGCGCAGGUGGUAGCCGCACUCCAGCCUCAGCCAAUCCAAUCCCACCCGACGUUCUGGCCGCGCUACACAAAAGACGGCGGUCUCCCGAUCUGCCUACGCCAUUUGUCGCUGCUCCCAUGCACCAACCCGGUCAAGGACAACAAGUGCACUGGGUUCGACGGGCGGUUGCGCAGUCACAACACUCCGGUGCCGCUCGCCGACGCCGUGAAGAUCGGCCAGGGCGGGUACUUGCGCGUCCCGCCUUGGCCAAACCGCGCUUUCGAUCCAUCCCCGCCCGGCCUCGGCGCCGGCACCGUGGCCGCAACUUCACGAUCAACUACAACUCGGUUUAUGGACGCAUCUUCGGACGCGGCCGGGGCACGCGCGGCUCGUCCUCAUGCAUCGGACGAUGCAGGCGAGUUUGUCGCCACUCGGUUUAGACACACGUCUUCGGACACGGCCGGGGCACGCGCGGCUCGUCCUCCGGCUUUCGCCGAGGCGGGCGAGUUUGUCGCCACUCGGUUCAGACACACGUCUUCGGACACGGCCGGGUUCAACGCGUCCCGGUUUGUCAACCCUUCCUUAGGCACGAAACCACCAGCUCGGGCCGCGGCUCGCGCGGCAACAUCGGCCAACCGGCAAGUGGGCAGCGUCGGUCAAUGGCAAGUCGCCGCACUCGACACCAAGCGGGCCAUGCUACGGACGCCGUUCGUCAUCACGUCGCACACAGUGACCGACCUCCAAGCCAGGCUUGCUACCAGGCUCGCCCAGGCCAACCACGAGGUGCGUCUGCGCCUGGAGCUCAAGAUGCGCGCACACGGCAUCUCGGCGCCACCACCGGUGCCCGCAUCCAGUACAAGUAUCAACGCGCCUUGGGUAUCAGCUCUGUCUCGCCUCACGGUGGCGGCCAACCUCUCUCCACGGGCCUUGGUCGAACUGGUGCGCGGGCAGUCGCCCGCCGACUAUCGUCCCAAUAAGGCAAUGUUUCCCGCCGAGCUCCACGCACUCUUCGCAGGACACACGGACCGAGACACCAUUGUGAGAAUCGCCACGGAAGGUUUCCGCUGCCCGUGGACAGACGAGAUUCUAGUACAGGACGCUGGGCCGCCAGACAACCAUGGGUCUGCCUGCCGCCACCCGACCACGUUACAGCGACGACUGGCAGAAGGACAGGCAGCCUGGCAAUACCUCUUUGUCGACGAGUCCGUGCAGGCACUAUGGGCCAACGCCGUGUUCUACAGCCCGCUCGGUCUAGUGGAAAAAAAUCACCAACCUCUGUCGGUCGACGGCCGUCUCAUCCACGAUCUGUCUUUCCCACUCGGCGCAUCGAUCAACUCGCACACUCGCAAGGCCGACCUCCCACUAGUGGAAUGGCCACGCAUUGCAACCGUCGCGGCACGCAUUACAUGGCUACGUGCAACGGCACCACCAGGCGCGGUCCUCAAAGGUAUGUCGGGCGACGUAGCCGCGGCGUACCGUCACCUUCGGAGUUACUCGGCUGACAGCAGUCAUUUUGGGCUAUCGCUACCGGACAAACAUCUUCUCGGCAUGGACCUGUCGGCACCUUUUGGUUGGUGCGGCUCUCCCAACGUGUACUGCGUGGUCGGCAACGCGAUCUCGUGGCUAGUACAAGGUGAGUCACCCAACAGCAUCAACCCCGACACGUGCCAGGACACACUUCCCUUUUGGUGUUUCAACUACAUCGACGACUUCAUCCUCAUCGAGAUCGAGUCCGAGUCACGGCUCCAACAAGCCGAAUCUGCGCUGCGUAUCGCCAUGCUCGCUACUUUGGGGCCCGAUGCCGUCAAUGAGAAGAAGUUUCAACCUUGGGCGACCGAAUUCCACGCACUCGGGCUGGUGUGGAACCUCGAGCUAGGCGUCGUCUCCAUGCCUGCCGCCAAGACAGCGCGCGCCCAAUCACGAGUGCGGAGCGUCCGUGACCAUGGACGAGCCACGCGACUCGAUAUGGAGCGGCUACUGGGCUCGCUUCGUCACGUGUGUCUCUGCGCGCCAGCCGCAAGGGCGUUCUACCAAGCACUACACAGUUUUUACCGAGCACUCCCGCGGUUUGGCGCACGAUCUCUCCAGCCAGCUGCCCGGGCAGAUCUUGACGUCCUGGACGCGAUCCUUUCGGUGGCGCACUUUGAGCGCGUCCCCACGUCCGUCUUCGACAACUCUUCCCGGCCAAGCUACUCGCUGGAGAUGGAUGCCAGCGACACGGGCAUCGCCAUCAUCGACCGGCAACGGCGCCGGUUUAUCCGGCUCGUGUUCGACGCCGAAGAACAACAACUGAUCAAGAUGGCAGGACCCAAGCGUCGGCCAACCAAUCAGAACGAAGGCAGCACGUCAGAUGGCGACGAUUUCUCCAUUAACAUCCGGGAACACUUGGCCAUUGGUCUGGCGGUGUGCUUGUGGGGCGAAGACCUCAAGGACCCAACCGGCACCUCAACAGCACACAUCGAAGCGCUCACCGACAACACCACAGCGCUCGCGUGGUCCGUGUCGUUGUACAGCGGCAACCGAUACGGCGCCAACAUCAACCGGCACAUCGCUGUAGCACAAGCCGUACACCGCCUCCACGUCUCGGCGCGCCACAUUCCAGGAUGCAACAACACGCUGGCCGACGCAGGCUCUCGCGCCUCGGUCGAGCCGUUCAAGUCAAUGUGGGAGAACGAAACGGCGUCAUGGUCAGAGACGCCAAUCCCAUCACACAUGCGGCAUAUGUACCAGACGUUCGACCUGAACACAUUGCAGCCUUGGCUAUCAGCUCUCGGACAAGAUACGCACAAGUAUGGCGCGAGUGGACAGCAUUCCGCUCCCGUGACGGCCUCAGCCAAUAGCUUUCCAGCGCUUCAGUCGAACAAGACGCAGCACUACGCGCAUUCGCAAGUGAUCUCUUCCACAGGCCCGACGCUCCAAAUUGCGCAAGCACGAUCCGAGGCAAGCUGGCAAUCGUCAGCUGGUACCACAAGUGCGCACGAGGCUUCGAAAUCACGCACGAUCGACCAACAAAAGCGCCCUGUCACAUUCAACAUGCUCGCAACGAUGCGACGCAACCUCGACCUCAACGCCCCAAGGUCCGAAUACCUAGCCAUCGACGGAAAAACGGCAAGCUAUGCAGUCGAGGUCGGCGACGUGCAGUUUCUGGACGCCAAGGACCAACCGGCCAAGUACCAAGAAGACAUCAAGGUGGUCCAAUUCCACAUCCGAGGCUCCAAGACCGACCAAGCAGGCCGAGGCGUGCAUCUACGGAUAAGCCCGUCGCCCGCAGCAUGGCUGUGCCCGGUGGCGGCAGCGCUCACCCUCAUGCAGCACGCAAAGGCCAACAACUUCACAACGAGCACCAAGCUAUGCUCAAUCUCGACGACCGAGACAUUAUCAUGCGCAGCGGUGUCAAGCGAGAUCAAACAAGCUGCGGCGGCAUGUCAAGAAGACCCAAGCCACUACUCGACGCACUCUCUACGAAGCGGCGGCGCCACAGCCUUAUUUCGCGGCGGCGUACCAGACCUUGCGAUCCAGAAGUUCGGCAGGUGGUCGUCGGACGCCUACAAGAAGGGGACCGCCUCGCCCACCACAGGCAUGGCGGACACCAACACGGUUGUUGCCCCCAAGUAG